AUGGCAACAACUUCUUCAAAGAAACCCGUCGCAAUAAUCACCAUAGGCAUGGCCGGCGCAGGCAAGUCAACAUUUGUCCAACGCCUCAAUUCGUAUCUCCACUCGCGCGACCCCCCUGCUCCCCCGUACAUCCUCAACCUCGACCCCGCCGUCACCUACGUCCCUUACGAGCCCAACAUCGACAUCCGAGACACCGUCAACUACCAGGAGGUCAUGAAGCAGUACAAUCUCGGUCCCAACGGCGGCAUCCUCACAGCGCUCAACCUCUUCACCACAAAAUUCGACCAGGUACUAGGGCUGGUUGAGCAGCGGGCGGACAGCGUUGACUACGUUGUGCUUGACACACCCGGGCAGAUUGAGAUCUUCACCUGGUCAGCCUCUGGGGCUAUUAUCACAGACGCGAUCGCAUCUUCACUACCGACUGUCGUUGCAUAUGUCAUUGACACACCGCGUACGACGGCACCUGCGACCUUCAUGUCCAAUAUGCUCUACGCGUGCAGUAUUCUCUAUAAAACCAAACUCCCUUUUAUCCUCGUCUUCAACAAAACCGAUGUGCAGCCUCAUGACUUUGCAGUCGAGUGGAUGACCGACUUUGAAGAAUUCCAAGCAGCACUCGCCGCACACGGAGGCGCGCGCGAUUCCGAAGGCGAGCCAACCUACAUGAACAGUCUCAUGAAUAGCAUGAGUCUAGUUCUGGAUGAAUUCUACAAGAACCUCAAGGCUGUGGGUGUGUCGAGUGUAACGGGUGCAGGGUUCAAAGAGUUCCUAGAAGCCGUCGAAGGAUCACGCGAGGAAUACGAAAAAGAGUACCUCCCUGAACUUGAAGCUGCGCGUAAACAACGCGAGCAGACUCUCCAAGCAGCCAAAGACGAGUCAAUGGCGCGCGUGAUGAAGGAUCUCGCAAUCGACAGGGAGAAGAACCCGCGCGGGGCGCUUAUGGACCGGUGGGAGGAGGAAGAGGAGGAGGACGAGGAGGACGCGGACGAUGAAGCAGAGCUGGAUCUUAUCGAUCGGACGGAGGAGCGGGGGCCGCAGGAGUAUAUCGAUGUGACGAGAGCAAGGCGGCAUGAGAGGGAGGAUAUCAAUUGGCCACGGCCGGGGUGA